AUUCCAGUUUCCUGCUUGAACUUGAAGUUGAAGUUGAAGUUGAACUCUUGAAAAGCGCCCCUGUUCUUCCUUCACUUACACCACUACGUCAGUACGUCCACCUGCCAAAUUGGUCUGCUUUCAUCGCUGUUGUUUUCGGGGGCGGAUCAUGCACGCCAUAAGCCGAGGUGCCCAAAGUUGUCCUUUCAACGCCACUCUUUUUCAGCUAACAUACGUGCAGGAAUCCAACUUUUCUGUUGCACAGCUUUCUCCUCAACCUUACAAGCAACCUUUGCUAACAGGAAUUUAGCUCCGCCACUUCAAUCCAUCCUCGAGCAGUUGCCCUGUUCCUCACGGGAACUCCCACUGUGUCGCACAUCUCCAUUCCACCAGAGGCAGUAUACCCUGGCGGAACUCUACAUCUCCAGCCCCACAAAGAGGUGGUUUGUCAGGUUUGUCAGCAAACAGUUUCAGAGCAUCAGAGAAAGAGAGUAUAACUAAAGUAGGGAGCAACAUGGGCACCACCACCGCACCCAUCAAGAUGCGGUACGAGGAAGACGCUGACAUGAGGGAGGUGUUGUUCUCGGCUGACGUGUUGGCGGCAAAAGUGGCGGAGCUUGGGAAGCAGAUAUCAGAGGAUUUUGCGGGAAAGCCAGUGGUGCUACUUGGGGUGGCGACGGGCGCAUUUCUCUUCCUGGCCGACCUAGCGAGGGCCAUCUCGCUUCCCGUUCAGAUCGACUUUGUAAAAGCCGCCUCCUAUGGAGUUGGAACGACAUCGAGCGGCGCUGUGGCCAUUACAAAGGACACAGUCUUGGAUCUUGUGGGGCAAAACGUCAUAGUGGUCGAAGAUAUUAUCGAUACGGGCCACACGUUGAACAAGCUCGUGAAGCACCUGUCCCACAAAGCGCCCGCGACCGUCAGUGUCUGCGCGCUGCUUAACAAGGAGGCGAGGCGGGUGGUCAGCAUCGAGUAUCCCCCCGGGGGCAAAGAGUAUAUCGGCUUCCCUAGCCCAGACGAGUUUGUGGUUGGGUACGGCCUCGACUUUGCGGAGAGGUAUCGUUCGCUACCUUACAUUGGCAUCUUGAAGCCUGAGAUCUUUUCAUAGGCGUAGGGGUCGGAGGGGUGAACGUCUGAGACGGUUCCCGCUUGUAUCUAUAUCUAUCGAGAUCAUUGGUGUUGAGAUUAGGUCACCACAAAAAAAUUUGUACGUGACGGGACCGUAGUUACUCAAGUAUAUAUAUGUAGUGGAAUAGAUACAUAUUGCAGUUUGGUAAUCAGAUAUGAGGACAAGGGAUUCUGAUGUUUAUUUGAUGUUAGCUCUAUUGUUGUAGCGUUUAUAUCAGAUCCCAACAGAGUACUGUAUGGUAAGAAAUUAGACACUGCGGGUUCGGCUUUCUUGCAAAGAAGCGCCCGCAAGUAAGCUUUUGCGCAUCUGAUCUAUGCAGGAUCAAUGAGCGGGCCUUGGCAUGUAGGUGCUUUUGCAUCCUUCAUGCAGUUUAGAUUGUCACAGAUGGUGUCAACGUAUGUUCAACGCUCUCAGGCUGCUUACAAGCCGGGCUCGUUAUCUGCCUAGGUUGUGCCGCUGGCCCAUCGCAGGACAGCGUGUAUUUAGGCCGCCGUGCAGUUGCGAGUGCGCUGUACACAGAAAACACUACUCGUUCCAUU